AUUGCCAAUUUGCACUAUUCAUAAAUUAGUAGUCGGUGGGUCAAAAUGGCGGGUGCUAGCGUGUGCUGUGUGUUCCUGUGCUCCGUAUUAUACGCGGUUUUGGUAUGCCUACUACCGGGCGCCUACGCGACCAUUGCAGUGACUGUGGGUCCCAACAAGCAGGCGUUACGGGGUGCUGAGUCGGUCGUUCUGCCCUGCCAGUACACUUCCGAUGAAACGGCUCCAACCGUCAGAUGGUGGAAGGAAUCCGACAUUCCGGGACAGCCAAGAACCAGGGUUUAUCACGUAACAAAUGACCAGGCAUUCGCUGGGUAUGAAGGCCGUGCUUCGAUUGAAGACCAGGCAUCUCUCAAGCUGCUGAACGUGGGAAUGUUAGAUGAGGGGACCUACUUGUGCUCCGUGGAGAAGGAUGCAGACUAUGAGGAGGGCUCCGUGAAGCUGGAAAUACUCGUUGCCCCAAACCCACCGUCUAUCUCCAGCUACAACCCACCCCUGGAAGCCAACAACAAGAGGCAGGUAGUGGCCCGCUGCACUUCGGAAGGAGGCAAACCGGAAGCCACGCUGUCCUGGUACAACGGUACCCAACUCAUUUCCGGUGGGCUGGGUGAUGAUGACGACGACCAAGGCGGUACUUUGAUCCAAGACAGAGAUGAUGGAACCUUUAACAUCAUCAGCGACCUGAUUGUCGCCCUGUCUAGGUACGACCAGGGUCAGCAGUACUUCUGUCAGGUGGACCAUCCAGCACUGGACCAACCUCAGAAGGAGUUCAUUCAGAUGGAAGUCCUCUAUCCUCCCGCUGAACCUCUCGUCCAGUCUUCAGGCGCGGGCUCUUCAGAUCCCGUGGACCAGAUCACCGUAACGUCUAGCGCCGUGACCACCAGGGAGGGGGACACCGUGACCCUCAGCUGCUCGGCAGACAGCAACCCUCCCGCCCAACUGACCUGGACCCGCUCGUCAGGCGGCGACUCCCUGCCGAACAACAGUGCUACAGACGACACCUCCCUCACCCUGUCUAACCUGGGCCGGGCAGACUCGGGAGACUACACCUGCACGGCAAGGAACGACAUCAACGGCAAAAGAUACGAGAGCUCCAAAAACGCCACUGUCAAUGUGCUAUAUGCCCCUGUAAUACUGGCGCCUCCCUCUCCAAGCCUCGUGGUACAAGCGAAACAGCCGCUCAAUGUUCUCUGCACCGCUGACGGCAACCCGGCCCCGAAGGUCGUGUGGCAGAAGGACGGUGACUCCAAGCCGCUCCCAAAUCCCCUUCAGUUCAACAGCGUGGAUUACAGUGUGGAGGGAACCUACAAGUGUGUGGCGUCCUCGUCUGACCCCAGCUUCUCCGAGGCAAUGGCAACGACCAUGGUCGAUGUGAAAGGUGCCCCGUCUGUGCAGGUGAAGCCCCAGGACAGCCUCCCCGCCACCAUGGGCGACACAGCCACCAUAGAAUGUACCAUCCUAUUCCGACCCGUCCGCACAGAACAUCUACUGGACAUACAUGGACGACAAAGGGCAGAACCAGACUGUUUCCAGCGGCAACGGCGGCUACAGCGUGGCUGAGGAGGACAUUGCAGACGGCAAAAGAAAAAGCACCUUGACGAUCUCAAAUGUGAACUCUGGACACUUCAAGGUGUACAACUGCAUAGCGGAGAACAACAUGGGAUCGAGUUCUCAAGCCAUUUCCGUAUUGGAACAAGAAGUUAUAGGCGACGGAAUGGGGAGAAACGCAGGGGUGUCCAUCCCUGUUCCCUCCCUCGUCCUGCAGUUAAUGUUGGUAGUGCUGGCCGCUGGCUGGAAUAAUGCAGGAAACUUGCCUGGGUGGCAGUAAAAGUAACGGGAAUGUGCAGAAGGACCAGCAGAAACAAAGUAUGAAUGCGAUCCCAGACCAAGAUGAAGAUUUCGACGCCAACCAUGUUGACGCUGCUGUAUAAAGUCUCAUUGUCCCGACUCAACUCAACCAAACUCAACCUAACCUAACUCAACCUAACUCAACCCAACCCAACCCAAAUCCAGUCAUCCCGCAUUUUAUACCGUAGACUGUCCGACUCAUCCAUGUGUAUGAAAGUCAUAAGAAUGCGAGUUGCUUGUGUGAUGAUAUACAGGGGAAAAAUAAGAAAAAAUUAUCAUCGAUUGUAAAUGUUUGUAAUGAUAAGUUGACAUGAUUUGGGAGCUGGUCUGGCCAAGAGUUCUUUAACAAACUGUAAGACUCAUUCACAGUAACUCGAUAGGUAGUAGUUUAUGUAGUAUGUUAUGUCAUAUGAUUAGAUUAUGUAAGGGGGACGUAAUUGAAAGACUAUCUUGACAGCACGAGUUUGUACUGUGUGCAAAAGUGCGCCGGGUGUUUUUCCUACCCAGACGGUGUAAAUGACAAUGAAUA